AUGGCAAUGGAGAUGGAAGAGAACGAGGAGGAGGACCUGAGGAAACUGGACAAGAUGUUUGCUGAGAUUGACGGUGAUGGAGAUGGUGAGCUGACUCUGCAGGAGCUCGUGGAUGGCGCCCGAAGAGUGCGGGAGUUCCAAAACCGAUUGCGGGUCAUGGACAUCGAUCAGGCCGAUUUGGAGCAGCUUUUUGGAAUGCUGGACCAUGAUGGCGGGGGCACCAUCGACCCAGAUGAGUUUAAGGUAACUCUGUCCAGGUGGGCGUUCGAAUCAAAGACAGCUACGAGAUUUGUGCGCUACACACUGCAGCAGCUCAUGGACAAUCACCAAUCAGCAGCUCAAAAACUUUCAACCAUGGAAGAACGACUACAAUCCGCUGCGCUCUCGGAUGAUGCAGAGUGGCAGACUGCAUUGUGCGCGGUUGUUUCGCACGCCUAUGGAUGA